AUGAAUCAAGAACAGGAAAUAUUGAGAGUCCAGUUAAGAGGCACUUUGCUGGAUUUGUUGAGACAGAUUGAAAAUUUAGAUUCCGAACAAUUAGAUGGUGUAGUAUUUAGGCUUGAACAAUUGGCUUCUCACAUUAUUCGCCUUUGUGAUGUCAACCUUGUUGAUGAUGAAAUCCAGUACCUUGUCACUGAAGCCAUGCAAAAUUUACAAAGAGCAGAACAUAUGACCUCUACAAGACCUUUUACGAUAAACGUUGUUCAUUCUGGUAGAGCUGGAAGGCCUUACUUUGAUAUAAGUCAGGAGCUACUGAAUUAUUUUCUAAAUUAUCAGUUCUCAGUGCCAGAUAUUGCUAGAGCUUUGGGAGUGUCACCAAGUACUAUAUUCAGGCGCAUGAACAAGUAUGGACUAGCUAUAAGAAAUAAUUUGCCUUAUCUCUCAGAUGAAGAGCUUGAUAGUAAGGUCAGAGAAAUCCUACUGGAGUUUCCAAAUGCAGGUUACAGAAGAGUCAUUUCCCAAUUGUCUGUUGCUGGAUUGAAGCCAUCACAAAUUCGAGUCAGGCAAUCCAUGCAACGAGUUGACCCCCAAGGAGUUGCAGUCAGGUGGUUAUGUUUGACUCCUAGAAGGAAAUACAGUGUGUCUGGGCCAUUAGCAUUGUGGCACAUAGAUGGAAACCAUAAAUUAAUCAAGUCAGAUGGACAUUAA